CUCUUUAUCUGGAGGAAAUGACGAUUUUUUUUCCGGUUUUGUUGGUUUUCUUGAUGAUCAGUCAGCUACCUGCCGUGAAUCAAGAUCAAUAUAAGCUGGUUGGUCAUGAGCCGAUUCUUGCAAAGGUUGGAGACGACGUUAUUCUGCCAUGUCAUGUGGAGCCCCCGUUUGACGUGAACGAUCUUACAAUCGAAUGGAGAUUCAAGGGCAAAAAAAUAUAUGUGCAUCGCAGCCAAAAGAGAGAUGAUACAACGUCAGACCCAGAAUACAAAAACCGAACCUUUAUGGUCCAUAAAAACUUGACACAUGGCGACAUUUCCCUCAGUUUGACUAAUCUAGUCAAGGAGGAUGAUGGGAAUUAUACUUGCUUAGUUCCCAAACUGGAAAGUCAAGUCAAGAAGAGAAAUGUUACUUUAAAAAUUGAUGAAAAUGGAGCCAAAGGCAAUAUAACUGAUCCUGGAGAUGGAAAUGGAGAUAACAAUGGAAGGGAUAUUGGUCUUGGUGUUGGAAUACCAGUCAGCAUCGUCAUCAUCAUCGUCAUCAUCAUCGUCAUCAUCAUCGUCAUCAUCAUCGCUGUUCUAUAUUAUUUGCUACGUAAUCAAAUUUUUUCGUGCCUGAGCAACAACAAGUCUCGACAUGAACAAGGGAGAAAUGAUGGAGAUCGCAGAGGAAAUGGAAACCAAGGAGAUGAAGCUGAAGCUUUACAGGACAUAGGACAACAAAACCAAAGUGGAUGAAUAAUCCCCUCUAAGCUGAAGUCAAUUCAACCUCUUCUUCUUAUGAAAACUGGUACAUGUAUAGAAUUAUGCAUCAUGAUAACAAAAACAACUGUCUGCCUUAAACCCAACAGGAAGUCCUUCAUAUUAGAACAGAGACCAUUUUGGGGCCRUUUUGAGAUUAGAAAAAUAGAUGCAGGAAUCCUGCAUGUUAAAAAGAACAUCCUAUAAACAUAACUGUUACUGUACUUUAGCGUCUCUUACUCAGCUUUUAAUAUCUGAUUUGUCUUAAAGUAUUUUUAAUUCAUGCAAAAGUUAACAGACUUGAUCUCCAGCUUGUGCCAACAAAAGGUUUUUAAUUUAAUUUCUGUCWGUGAAACUUAUUUUAACAUGCACACCAAAGAUUAGUGUGUUUCAUUAUGAUUUUGCAAACUUACUGUCUAGUUUUUCAGUUUAUGGAUCAGCAAUAAAUAUUUAGUUUACCGUUGUUUCCAUGUCCAGACCCCAGUAGAGGUGAAUAUUUACUAUUCCCUCCUUAAAACUCCCACAUUCACAUUCACAUAGGAACAAAUSACCUGAAUAUUUCUGUUUACAUCAUCAUACAGUGAAUGUA